GAGGGGCGGCCGAGGCUUUGCAGCUGCUGCGGAAACCUGUAGGAUAAGGUGUGGCCGUGCCGCGGCGAGCAGGAGCUGGGAGCAGGCAUCUAAUAUUAUCCAAUUGCCCUAGCUAACUUCUUUGUAAAAAAUCAACUUUAACUUUUACUGAAUACAAGAUGAAAAUGUGGUUUAUGAAUAUUCAUCUUAUGAUAUCUGUAACAGUAUGCCUAUCAGAGUUUACAUGGCACAGACGAUAUGGUCAUGGAGUUUCUGAGGAAGACAAAGGAUUUGGACCAAUUUUUGAGGAACAGCCUAUCAAUACCAUCUAUCCAGAAGAGUCCCCGGAAGGAAAGGUUUCAUUAAAUUGUAGGGCACGAGCCAGCCCUUUCCCAGUUUACAAAUGGAGAAUGAAUAAUGGAGAUGUUGAUCUGACAAGUGAUCGGUACAGUAUGGUAGGAGGAAACCUUGUUAUCAAUAACCCUGACAAACAGAAAGAUGCUGGAAUAUACUACUGUUUAGCAUCAAAUAGCUAUGGGAUGGUUAGAAGCACCGAGGCAACCCUGAGCUUUGGAUAUCUCGAUCCCUUCCCACCUGAGGAGCGACCUGAGGUCAAAGUAAAAGAAGGAAAAGGAAUGGUACUUCUUUGUGAUCCUCCAUACCAUUUCCCAGAUGAUCUUAGCUAUCGCUGGCUUCUAAAUGAAUUCCCAGUAUUUAUCACAAUGGAUAAACGAAGAUUUGUUUCCCAGACAAAUGGCAAUCUCUAUAUUGCAAACGUAGAGGCUUCAGACAAAGGCAAUUAUUCCUGUUUUGUUUCCAGUCCUUCUAUUACGAAGAGUGUGUUCAGCAAAUUUAUCCCACUCAUUCCAUUAGCAGAACGAAUAACAAAACCAUACCCUGCUGAUAUCGUAGUUCAAUUCAAGGACAUAUAUACACUAAUGGGCCAAAAUGUGACUUUAGAGUGUUUUGCCCUUGGAAAUCCUGUCCCUGAUAUCCGAUGGCGGAAAGUCCUAGAACCAAUGCCAAGCACUGCUGAGCUCAGCACCUCUGGGGCUGUCCUCAAGAUUUUCAAUAUUCAGUUAGAAGAUGAAGGAAUAUAUGAAUGUGAAGCUGAAAAUAUUAGAGGAAAGGACAAACACCAAGCAAGAAUUUAUGUUCAAGCAUUUCCUGAGUGGGUAGAACAUAUCAAUGACACAGAAGUGGACAUAGGCAGUGAUCUCUAUUGGCCUUGUGUGGCCACGGGCAAGCCUAUCCCUGGAAUCCGAUGGUUGAAAAAUGGAUAUCCGUAUCAUAAAGGUGAAUUGAGACUAUAUGAUGUGACUUUUGACCAUGCUGGAAUGUACCAGUGCAUAGCUGAAAACACCCAUGGAGCUAUUUAUGCAAAUGCAGAGUUGAAGAUCUUGGCUUUGGCUCCAACUUUUGAAAUGAAUCCCAUGAAGAAAAAGAUUCUGGCUGCUAAAGGAGGAAGAGUUAUAAUUGAAUGCAAACCCAAAGCUGCACCUAAGCCAAAAUUUUCAUGGAGUAAAGGGACAGAAUGGCUUGUUAAUAGCAGCAAAGUACUUAUUUGGGAAGAUGGCAGUUUGGAAAUUAAUAACAUUACAAGGAAUGAUGGUGGUAUCUAUACAUGUUUUGCAGAAAAUAAUAGAGGGAAGGCUAAUAGCACAGGGACUCUUGUUAUCACAGAUCCCACACGAAUUAUAUUGGCCCCAAUUAAUGCCGAUGUUACUGUUGGAGAAAAUGCCACAAUGCAAUGUGCUGCCUCAUUUGAUCGUACUUUGGAUCUUACAUUUGUUUGGUCCUUCAAUGGCUAUGUGAUUGAUUUUAACAAAGAGAAUACUCACUACCAGCGGAAUUAUAUGUUGGACGCCAAUGGGGAACUGCUCAUUCGAAAUGCUCAACUCAAACAUGCUGGGAGGUAUACGUGCACAGCUCAAACAAUUGUGGACAAUUCGUCAGCUUCCGCUGAUCUUGUUGUAAGAGGUCCUCCUGGUCCUCCUGGUGGUUUGCGGAUAGAAGACAUCAGAGCCACUUCUGUGGCCCUCACUUGGAGCCGUGGUUCAGAUAACCACAGUCCUAUAUCUAAAUAUACUAUCCAGACAAAGACUAUUCUUUCAGAUGACUGGAAAGAUGCAAAAACAGAUCCCCCAAUUAUUGAAGGAAACAUGGAGAGAGCAAAAGCAGUGGAUUUAAUCCCAUGGAUGGAGUAUGAAUUUCGGGUGGUAGCAACCAAUACUUUGGGUAUAGGAGAACCUAGUAUACCAUCAAACAGAAUAAAAACAGAUGGUGCCGCACCUAAUGUGGCACCAUCAGAUGUAGGAGGUGGGGGUGGGAGCAACAGAGAACUGACCAUAACAUGGGCCCCUUUGUCAAGAGAAUACCACUAUGGCAACAAUUUUGGUUAUAUAGUGGCAUUUAAACCAUUUGAUGGGGACGAAUGGAAAAAAGUCACAGUUACUAAUCCAGACACUGGCAGAUAUGUCCAUAAAGAUGAGACCAUGCGACCAUCUACUGCAUUUCAAGUCAAAGUUAAGGCCUUCAACAACAAAGGAGAUGGACCUUACAGCCUCACUGCAGUAAUUAAUUCAGCCCAAGAUGCCCCCAGUGAAGCACCAACAGAAGUGGGAGUAAAAGUCUUAUCAUCCUCUGAGAUAUCUGUUCACUGGGAGCAUGUUAUAGAAAAAAUAGUGGAAAGCUAUCAGAUUCGAUACUGGGCUGCCCAUGACAAAGAAGCAGCCGCACACCGUGUGCAAGUCACGAGCCAAGAGUACUCUGCCAGGUUGGAGAACCUUCUGCCAGACACCCAGUACUUCAUAGAAGUCAGAGCUUGCAACAGUGCAGGGUGUGGGCCCCCCAGUGAGAUGAUUGAAACUUUCACCAAGAAAGCACCUCCCAGCCAGCCACCAAGGAUCAUCAGUUCUGUAAGGUCUGGUUCAAAUUACAUCAUUACCUGGGAUCAUGUAGUCGCACUAUCAAAUGAAUCUACUGUGACAGGAUAUAAGGUACUUUAUAGACCUGAUGGCCAACAUGAUGGCAAAUUGUAUUCAACUCAUACACACUCCAUUAAAGUCCCAAUCCCCAGGGAUGGAGAAUACGUUGUAGAGGUCCGUGCACACAGUGAUGGAGGAGAUGGAGUAGUGUCUCAAGUCAAAAUUUCAGGUGUAUCCGCUUUAUCACCAGGUAUUCUUGGUUUGCUCAUGCCUUUCCUUGGCUUCAUAAUCUAUUUGGAAUUCUGAAUGUGGUGUUAUAACUACUGUUCUCAAUCCAGCUCAGAGGAAAACCUCGUCCCUGUGAUGACUACAAUUACUGCGGCUCCAUCCUAGCCAAAUAUAUUCUGCUUUAAUUAUCCAAACAUAAUGAUUGAGGCAUUCAGGAACUCUUUAUUAAAACGAAUAAACUUUUAAAUGAAUCUAAAAUUAUUUUAACUUGUUCCAAUAUGCCUUAUAAACCACUUAACCUGAUUCUGUGACAGUUGCAUGAUUUAAUCUAAUGGAACAAGUUACAGUGUUCAGUUCUAUAGGCUGUAGCGUGAAAGUCAAAUCACCAUACACAGGUGCUUUAAAUUUAAUAAGUUGUGAAUUAGAAUAGAGGUUGAAACAUUGCUCUUAUGUGGUAAAUGUAAUAGUAAUACAGUCUCUAGUAUGAUUCUGUUUAGGGCCUUGUGUACGUACUUUUUAAAUGACUUGUCAUUCAUGACAUUUUGAAUUUUCUUGAAAGAAAAAUAGAGUAUAACAAUUUUUGAUGCAAAUUCCAUUACAAAUAUAAUUUUAUGACUGCCUUGAAAUAUUUUGGAUAUUGAAAACCAAAUUCCAGAAGUUACUAUGAGUGUUCUUAUUUUCAAAGUAAGUAAUUUUCUAGAUAUUUAAUUUUCAGAACCAGUAAAAUUGUUCAGUUAGCUUUCUAAUCAUAAAAUUAACCUGGCAUAUAAAGUUUUUUUCACUUUUGUAUUCCAUUCUACUUUUAUUUUAUUUAUUUAUUAUUAAUUUAUGUCCCUAAAACAAAAUUAUUGUCUAGAAUAUCAUAGCAUCCUGUUUAUUUAUAUGUGGAUGUAUGAAUUUUGAAAAGUAAAGUGCUUCCAUUUUCUUAAGUUUUUAAUUGAGAAGUGGCUGUAUUUUUGAAAUUUGGGCAAUUAAGUGAAUAUCAAUUAUCAGAAUAUUUUACUGUGUUUGAUUUUGAGCAUUUCUAUGGAAAAUAUAUCUUUCUAUAGGUGUGGGAUCAAGACAGCAUCUAUUGAUUGGAAAAUCCACGGUACUCCUUAGUUUUAAAUUUCAAUUUAAGCCCAUUUCUCAAUUAAAUGCAAUAAUGAGAACUGACUAAAAAUACCAAAUUAAUGUUUCUAAAGGUACUUUGUAGAAUAUGCAAAACUGGAAAGCAAAGUGGAGACAAAUAAUGUUCAUAUGUCUCCUAAGUGUUAGUGCUUUUGAUUUUUACAAGUCACGAAAGGAAGAUGCAAAUUUCUUCAUUCUCCAUGGUAUGCAUGGAAAUGUGUUUGAGUAUGGGUGUGAAAAAAUCAAAUAUAAAGUAUUAACUGGCUCAUGAAAUAGUGCAAUGUCUGUGAUUUAAGAGGUUAAUCCUAUUUUAUUAGCACACACUUGCUAGUCAAUUAGAGUAUAUCUUUAUAGAAAGGAACCUUAUAGGUUCAUAGGAAAUAUUUAUAGGGAACAAAACAGAUCUAUUACUACUUUAUCCCCCUUAUUUAAUUUAUAAUUUUUGUACUCUAUAUAUCUAUGUGUAAAUGUUUAGAACUUUCAUUAUAAAAAUAUUAAUAAGUAUUUCAUUAGUUUAUAAAAUGGAUGUUUAAAAAUAGGUGAAAUGGAUUUCCUAGUGAAGAAAUGUCAACAAUCUUAAGGUGUUACCAGUACUUACUUAUUUGAAAAAGAAACAAAAAUCUUUUCAUACUUAAGGGAAAUGAAUACUCUAUAAGUCUUCUGUACAAAUGUUUGUGCUUUCAUUGUUGCACUUUGGGAUUUUCUUUUUGCAAUGUAACCCAUGUUGGGCACUUUUAUAUAAUCAACAGAUUUGUUUGCCAAAUGCAUGCUUGUUUUAUUUUAGGAUACAUGGGAAUAAAGAGCAAAGCUGGUUAGAUUUUGCAUGAAAUGGUUCUGAAAGGGAAUAACAAAACAGAUUUUGGAAGUUCUUUGCUUAUUCUUUAAGUUUUGGUAGAAAUAGGUGGAUUAAAAUCUCAUACUGAUGACUUAGGCUUUUCAUUUCCUCAUCCUAUUGUGCAAUUUGACUGGGACCAUCAGUUUAAAACUGCUGUCAGACUAAUAAUGUACCAUUUGCUUUAAAAUACAUGAUUCUUAAUUAAACUUUAUACAGUUACACAUGUUUUUCUUUGUAUUUUAGUAAAGGUGACUAUAGUUUUAUUUGAUACUGAUAAAUGUUUAAUUGUUUUUAUUUUUUUAAAUCAUUUUCAAAGGAGUAGUAUAGGACUGUGUUUUGUCCUUUUAUGAAUGAAAAAAAGAAAAUAAAUAAUAAAGAAAUAAAUAUCUUGCUUUUACCCAAAA